UGGGGGCAGCGAGUCAGAGCCAGCGGAUGGAACGCUGGGAGCGUGACGUGUCCCUCUGGCCGCCGCCCUCCCUGCUCAAGCUAUAUAAAGGAGGCAGCUCACCCUGUCGGUCUUUUUCGCUACGGGUUUGCCGCUGCUUCGGAGGACCUUUAUUGGAGCCGACGGAAAAGCCUAUCUAACCACCCAACAUGGGAAAGGAAAAGACCCACAUCAACAUUGUUGUCAUUGGACACGUCGAUUCUGGCAAGUCCACCACCACAGGCCAUCUGAUUUACAAAUGUGGUGGGAUUGACAAGAGAACCAUUGAGAAGUUUGAGAAGGAAGCUGCUGAGAUGGGUAAAGGCUCCUUCAAGUAUGCAUGGGUAUUGGAUAAGCUGAAGGCAGAACGUGAACGUGGUAUCACUAUUGAUAUUUCACUCUGGAAAUUUGAAACCAGCAAGUAUUAUGUCACUAUCAUUGAUGCUCCUGGACACAGAGACUUCAUCAAAAACAUGAUUACUGGUACAUCCCAGGCUGACUGUGCUGUCCUUAUUGUUGCUGCUGGUGUUGGUGAAUUUGAAGCCGGUAUUUCCAAGAAUGGACAAACCCGUGAGCAUGCCCUUCUGGCUUACACUCUAGGUGUAAAACAGCUCAUUGUUGGGGUCAACAAGAUGGAUUCCACUGAGCCACCUUACAGCCAGAAGAGAUAUGAGGAAAUUGUCAAAGAAGUUGGCACAUACAUAAAGAAAAUUGGCUAUAACCCAGAUACAGUGGCAUUUGUACCAAUUUCAGGCUGGAACGGAGAUAACAUGUUGGAGCCUAGCUCUAAUAUGCCCUGGUUCAAAGGGUGGAAGGUGACUCGUAAAGAUGGCGGUGCUAGUGGAACUACCCUGCUAGAAGCUCUGGAUUCUAUCUUGCCACCAACUCGUCCAACUGACAAACCUCUACGCCUGCCACUUCAGGAUGUCUACAAAAUUGGUGGGAUUGGUACCGUUCCAGUCGGUCGUGUGGAAACUGGCAUUCUAAAACCAGGCAUGGUGGUGACAUUUGCCCCAGUUAAUGUUACAACUGAAGUAAAAUCUGUUGAGAUGCAUCAUGAGGCUCUAAGUGAAGCUCUUCCUGGUGAUAAUGUUGGCUUCAAUGUAAAGAAUGUAUCUGUAAAAGAUGUCCGUCGUGGUAAUGUUGCUGGAGAUAGCAAAAAUGAUCCACCAAUGGAAGCAGCUGGAUUCACAGCACAGGUUAUCAUCCUGAACCAUCCAGGCCAAAUCAAUGCUGGCUAUGCCCCUGUUCUGGAUUGUCAUACUGCUCAUAUUGCUUGCAAGUUUGCUGAGCUGAAGGAAAAAAUUGAUCGUCGUUCUGGUAAGAAGUUGGAAGAUGGUCCAAAGUUCCUCAAAUCUGGAGAUGCUGCCAUAGUUGACAUGAUUCCAGGCAAGCCUAUGUGUGUUGAGAGCUUUUCUGACUAUCCUCCUCUGGGUCGUUUUGCUGUGCGUGACAUGAGACAGACAGUUGCUGUUGGUGUCAUCAAGGCUGUUGAUAAAAAAGCAGGUGGUGCUGGCAAGGUCACAAAGUCUGCCCAGAAGGCUCAGAAGGCUAAAUGAAAAUUCUGUACAACUGCCACCUCAGUCUUAAUCAGUGGUGGAAACAUGGUCUCAGAACUUUUUGUCUCAAUUGGCCAUUUAAGUUUAAUAGUAAAAGACUGGUUAAUAAUUACAAUGCAUCGUAAAAGCUUCAGAAGGAAAGGAAUGUUUGUGGACCAUUUGUUUUGUGGCAGUUUCUAAGUUAUUAGUUUUUAAAAUCAGUAAUCUUUUUUUAAAUGGAAACAACUUGACCAAAAUCUGUCACACAUUUUGAGACCAUUAAAAUCAAAAGUUUAAUGCAAAGUCUCUGUGUUCUUUGGGGCUAUUGGAUACUCUUUGAUAUUCAAAAAUAUUGUGCUUUGCUUGCAGAACAGUGGUAGCUGAAAAUAAUUAUAUCUCAUUGAUUUGGGGGAACAUGAUAGUUUGCAAAAGUAUUGCAGCACAAAGUCUUAAGUGUGAUCUUAGUUUUGUGCCAACAUCUAAGAAUUAGAAAAUAGUCGAGUUAAAACUGAAGUAUAUUGAAGCUACAAAAAGUUUGUAGAUUCAGUUUUCUGUGUAAUACUCAAAAGCCCACGUAGGCAGUGAUUUCUGUUUCCAUGCUAUUAGUACAGGUUAGCGUUCGAUCAUUUUAAAUUGAAUUUUUAUUGGAGCAUUGUGUGAUCAUGUUGCAGGUUAUAAUAGACAUUCACUUCAGAUAGAAUAUUUCUCAAGCUAAUUGCUGCAACUUAAUGGGUGUUAAAUCAACUAAAAUGCUGUUUUCCUGCUUUAUAAGAAAGUUCUGAGAGAUCCUAAUAUUUUCCAGGAUGAUACUUCAUCUUCAGUAUAGUAAUUCUAAAGUGAAAUUACAUCCUUCAAAAAAAUCAUGACCAAUUAAAAAUUUAAAGUUUUGUUCAAAAGAAAUAUUGUGCUGAGAGUAAUCUUAUAUUCAGGUUCUAGGUGUUAUACCAAAGUUGGUGGCUUAAGUCCUACAGUAAAUGGAGUUAG